UCUCCGCGGAUUUCACUAGAUAUUACAGAAUAUUUUUCACUCCAACAAUUGGGCCCUCAGCCCACUUGCGUAAGAGGACUUCCCUUCCCCGCUGACCCCGUGACCUACUCCCAUACACACCGUGACUCUGAGUGUACCUUCGAUCCCUCGGUCGUCUAUAAAUACUCCCCCAAUUCCCGUAUACUUUAGUACCCACCAACUUCUGCCCAAAACCACCGAUCGCUUGUUUAUUAAAUAUGUCUCUCUUUGGACCAGACUACGCAAGCAUCGAGAACCUUCUCGAGCACCACUUACCCUUACCGCAAGCGGAGAAUGACACCGCCGUGGCCAUCCCUAACACCCAAGAACCUGGAUACUCUCUGGUUUACAGAAAUAAGUUCAGCCAGAACCAGUUGUACGCGACCCUCCAUCCCUCUCUUAGCACUUUGCACGAGAUUUUCGAAUAUGCUGUCGCUACCUAUGGCAACGAGAGAUGCUUGGGGAAGAGAUUGUUUAACAACACCGAGGCUAAUGCUUUUGAUGCGUUCUACACGUGGCAAUCUUUCAACGAGAUUGCUGAGCGCAAGAAGAAUUUGGGUGCUGGUAUCAUUUAUGCCGUGCAGAACAACGUGUUCAGGAAGUCACUGGAAGGAACCGAUAGGGACUUUAUCGUCGCUUUGUUCAGUGCCAACACCGUUGAGUGGGCGUUGACCGAUUUGGCCUGCCAAUCCUACUCUAUCACCAAUACUGCGUUGUACCCAAGUUUGGGUCCUGAUACUUCGGCGUUCAUUUUAGAAACCACUAACUGCCCAAUGGUGGUUUGCUCCUCCGAUAAGCUUCAAUACUUGAUCGAAUUGAAGAGGCUGCAUGGCUUGCCAUAUUUAGCCAAUCUUGUUCUGCAGACCCCCGUCGAAGGACUGAGGUGGAACCAAUUGCUCUCUGACGCCCGCAGCGCGGGAAUUGAGUUGAGUACGCUUGAGGAACUUGAGCUUUUGGGCAAACAGAACCCAAUUGCUUAUAUUCCACCUAUUCCUGAGACUAUUUACACCAUCUCCUUCACAUCUGGAACUACUGGCUUGCCAAAGGGUGUGACGGUAACCCAUUGCCAAGCGGGAUCGCACGUUACCUUCGCCAAGAGCAUGGGUUACAAGGUUAAGCGCGGAACAGCCUUGUGCUUCUUACCUUUGGCUCACAUCUACCAGAGGUGUACAAUUAUCCUCUGUUAUAUUUCAGGUGAUGCAACGGGCUUCCCUCAGUCAGGCUCUCCGCUUACCCUUGUGGACGAUAUGAGAGCCUUACAGCCAACGAUUCUAUGUUCAGUUCCAAGGGUGUACACCAAGAUGGAAAGUGCCAUCAAGGCACUUACCAUCAACGGCGAGGAUGGGUUUAGCAAGACCGUUAGCACCCACAUUAUCAAGAAAAGAAUGCAAUGGAUGGAAAAGAGCAAAUACCACGGUUCCCAUUUUCUUUAUGACAACCUUCUCACUAAGAAGUUGAGAACUCUGCUAGGGUUGAAUAAAGCGGUUUAUGUAAUUUCAGGCUCUGCUCCCAUCUCCCCAGAGACACAGAAGUUCUUCAAGGCUGCGUUGAACCUUGGGUUCACUAAUGGCUAUGGUAUGACUGAGACCGCUUCGGGUAUUUGCUGCACCUUCCCCUUCGAAGACGACUACACCUCUUCUGGACCCGUGGGUAUUACCUGUGAGGUGAGACUCCGUGAUGUACCAGAGAUGGGAUACACCGCGAACGACGAGGGGGGACCAAGAGGUGAAUUGCUCAUGAGAGGCCCUCUGAUCUUCUCUGGGUACUAUAAGAACGACGAAGAAACAGCAAAGGCUUUUGAUAAGGACGGUUGGUUUUUGUCUGGUGACAUUGCCUAUAUUGAUAAUGUGCACGGACGUAUCCACAUUGUGGACCGUGUCAAGAACUUCUUCAAGUUAGCCCAGGGUGAGUACGUCACGCCAGAAAAAAUCGAGAACCAGUACUUAUCUUCCUGUUCUUUCAUUAACCAACUCUACGUCCACGGAGAUUCGUUGGAGACUUAUUUGGUCGCUGUUGUGGGAUUUGAACCUUCAAUCAUGUCCAGAUUUAUCAAGCAGCACUUUGAUAUCACUGAACUGGAUCCAGCAAAGUUGACCCAACUUCUCAAGGAGAAACGUAUUAAGAAGAGGUUGGUCCAAGAGAUGAACGCCCAUGUGGCCGAAUUCGGCUUACAGGGGUACGAAAAGGUUCACAAUGUCCACUGUGAGGUUGAGCCGUUGACUCUUGAGAGAGAUGUUGUGACACCAACGAUGAAGAUCAAGAGACAAAUCUGCAGAAAAUUCUUUAGUGGUACCUUACUGAAAUUGUACACUGAGGGCUCUUUGAUUAAGGACUCUAGACUUUAGGCUUAGAUAUUGCCUAUGACUCUUUUAUUACUCCUGUGAAACGGGUUCUAUGUUUUUCUUUUGUAAUUUUAAUGUAUCCCUAAGCUAAGCUGUGACUGAACCUGAUAUUCCCUGGGCCUUGAUAAGACCUGCACUGUUUACAUAACAGGGGCAAGGCCGUUAUCGAGCGGAGUACGUUUGAAGCACUCCGGUGCAAAAGAGGAAGGGAAAAAGACCGAAUGUGAGCUAAGUUUAUACGUAUUAACAGACGUUUAAUGGUGGAA